AGGGCUGGUUCUCUCGUUGUAGCAGCCAUCAUAUAACCCUAAUACAAGUCCUUAUUUUAAAAAAAAAAGAAAAAGCAGAGGAGCUGAAGAAGCGGAUGGACAGCCAUGGGUUUGCACAGGAAUACAAUUUAAAAGAAGCCUCUCUAAACGCUGCCAGGCUUAUGUUUCGUUUUCGUAUGUAGGCCACAUCAGCUGCAGGUGGGGUAAUUGGCACCUUCUUUGACCUGUUUUUGUGGUGCCCCUUGAUCCAGAAGCAUCACCACUUUGUGGCAGGGCUGAGUUAAAGGAGCCGAACCCCGGCCAUCUUUGCUGUUUGCCAUUCCUUGCUGGGAUUUGAGGAGGGCGGGCGACACAAGGCGCUAUCCAAACCACCCAGAGCAUGGGGCAGAAGGUUCCAGGGGGCAUAAAGACCGUGGACAUGCGGGAUCCCACGAGCCGGCCACUCAAGCUACAGCUGCAGGCCUUGGAAUACAGCAAACCGCCACGGUUGGACAUGCUACUGGACAUGCCGCCUGCCUCCACCCAGGUGCAGGUGCAGCACUCGUGGAACAAUGACGACCGCUCGCUUAACAUCUUCGUCAAAGAGGACAACAAGCUCAUUUUCCAUCGGCACCCGGUGGCUCAGAGUACGGACGCCAUACGCGGUCGCGUCGGCUACACUCGUGGCCUUCACGUCUGGGAGAUUUCCUGGGCUCUGCGUCAGCGUGGCACUCAUGCUGUUGUGGGUGUAGCCACUGGUGAGGCCCCUCUUCACUCGGUAGGAUACACAGCACUGGUCGGAAACAAUAACGAGUCCUGGGGCUGGGACCUGGGCCGAAACAAACUCUACCACGAUGGCAAAAAUCUGCCCAGCAAGACCUACCCGGCUUUCCUGGAGUCGGAUGAGACGUUUAUUGUCCCAGAUUCAUUUCUGGUGGUGCUGGACAUGGAUGAGGGCACUUUAAGUUUCAUUGUAGAUGGACAGUAUUUGGGGGUGGCUUUCCGAGGACUGAAGGGCAGAAAACUGUAUCCUGUAGUAAGUGCAGUUUGGGGGCACUGUGAAAUCCGAAUCCGGUACAUCAAUGGACUCGAUCCCGAGCCCCUGCCUCUCAUGGACCUGUGCAGACGUUCAGUGAGAUUAGCAUUGGGUCGGGAGCGACUGACUGAAAUACACGGACUUCCUUUACCCGCCUCUCUCAAGAACUACCUGCUCUAUCAAUGAUGAUAGGAGUGCCGUUACUUAUUGUAAGGCAGAUUGGCUAUUCUCUCUGGGAUGCGUUUUUUUUUUUGUUGUUUUUUUUUUUUUUUUGUUUGUUUUUCUUUCCCGACAGACUCGUUUUCUUAACUGCUUUUCUCCUCACUUUGGAUUUUGGUACUUUGGGACUUUUACUGUUUUUACACCAAGGACGCCUCGGUCUCACAUUUUGAAGUGUUUACGGUCUUUUUAAAACCCUUGUUUUUGUGGCUUGCUUCAGUCAUGUCAUAUACAGAAUACACAAUGGGAGACGCACUGAACCCCGUGACACAAGCUGUCCCAGAAAAGAGUGACGCGUCUGCAUGGCUGCAUGGACAAGUGCAGCGAGUUUGAAACCUCAGCUGUUUGCUAUGAUGGUUGCCUCUAUAUUGUAGUUUCCUUUUUCUGCCAUUCCUCCAGACUUUUUUUUUUUUUUUUUU